AUGUCGGACCCGCUGAUAUACCAUGUCGGAUGGAUCUGCGCCAUCCCUACAGAAUUCACAGCAGCUCUUGCCUUCCUUGAUGAAAGACACGAACUUCCCAGUACGAUCUCUCAAAACGACCAUGGCUACGCAUUGGGCAGAGUGGGCAAACAUAAUGUCGCUAUUGCCGUACUGUCCGAUGGUGAGUACGGCCUGGCAUCAGCUGCAGUCGUCGCGGGGGACAUGCUCCAUCACUUUCCCAACAUCCGGCUCAGCCUGAUGGUCGGCAUUGGAGGCGGUGCGCCAAGUCUGAAGCAUGACAUCCGUCUUGGCGACGUUGUCGUCGGUAGUCCCCGCAGUGGAAGAGGAGGUUUCGUUCAGUACGACUUACGCAUGGCAACGCUGGCACAGAGCUUUGUUCAGACAGGUUUCAUAGAUCAGCUGCCAAAAGCACUCGACAUGACGGUCAGUGAACUCGAAGCUACGAACAUGAUCGAAGGUCAUCUGCUUGACGGCAACAUCAAAGAGAGUCUGGAGAGGUCCCCGCAGCUCCAGAAAAAGUACUCACGCCCGCCUCCAAGCGCCGACAAGCUAUACAAAUCGCACAUCAUUCACGCCGAGAAAUCGGGCGAGUCCUGCGGCGAAGCAUGUGGAAAUAAUACAUCGCAUCUGGAGCUGCGCCAUGAACGACAGAGAUACAGGGACAGCCCAAUGAUUCACUACGGGCUAAUCGGCUCUUCGAGCCAGCUUAUGAGAGACGCACUUACACGGGAUCGGCUUGCGGCAGACGAGGACAUAUUAUGUUUUGAGAUGGGAGCAGCCGGUCUCAUGAAUGACUUCCCGUGUUUAGUCAUUCGUGGAAUAUGCGACUACGCCGACUCGCACAAGUCCAAGGAGUGGCAAGGUUACGCUGCCAUGGCGGCUGCUGCAUAUGCGAGCGACCUUCUUCGCCAAAUCCCGCUCAACAACAUGAAGGCGGAAAGGAUAAUCACAGACGUUCUGUAUGACAUGGAAAAUGUCCCAAAUCACAUCAAGCCUGCCCAAGUUGAACUAGUAAAAAAGUGGCUUUCGCCCACUAACGCAUCUUCCAAGUUCAACCAUGCGGGAACCAUCCAACACAACGGAACUCAUGCAUGGUUUCGGGACAGCCCUGCUUUCAACAGGUGGAAAAAUGAAGAUAAUCAGCUUUUGUGGAUUCGAGGGCAUUCAGGAAGCGGGAAUACCGCGAUUGUCGACACAAUUCAUGAUUACAUAUUGCAGAUGAAUGAUCCCAGUUGGAUCAGCUUGUCCUUCAAGUUCGACAGCACGAGCAAGCAAAGUGCUAGCUCUAUGUAUCGGUCUCUUGCGUUUCAGCUCUACAUGCAGCAGGAAGCAGCGAGGAAGGUCCUUGAUAGAAUCUUCGCAGCACACGAUAGCGGACGGAAGCAGCCAGAAACAGACACGCUUUCCAGGGGCCUGCAGACGAUUUUGCGCGAGGGGGUAAAUGUAUUUCUGCUAAUCGAUGGUCUGGACGAAUGCGCCCACCAGGGCGACUUAAUCGAAACGACGAUGCUUUUUAUUUCCGGCAUUCGCCUUCAUAAUGUCAAAAUCGUAGCCGUCAGCCAGCCAAAGGGGGAGUUUGAACUCAACAUUCGCAAACGCCUCGGCGAAUCGGAUUUCGUCUCACUUGAACCCGAGAACGCCCAAACAGCCUUCACCGAAAGCUCUUCCAGUAGGGGCAGCCAGAUAUCUAGUCAGGCAUCUGGCAAGAUUUCCGUCUCUACGAAGCCGUCGUCGCUUGAAGAAGACCAUAGUGUCAUUGUCGAGACUUACACAACAAAGCAGAUUUUGCAAUCUUUCUACAGUCACAAACAGAUUGAAAGUUGUGGUGAUGACAUCAAGGACGACAUCAUGUCCCUCGCGUCGGGACCUGAAGAUCUCCAGUCGCAAGAUGAAUCACACUCCACUCGCUGGAAAACUCGGCCCCUUAUAUGA